CUGCAGCGCACAGAGGACCAGGAGGGCAGGGGAGAGGUGGGGGGGGAAGCGUUUGGACACCCCCUCCGCUAGCCCGACCCUUCCACCUCCCCCUCGCCCCACCUCCCUCUGGCAGGCCCCGCCUGGGCCGCGCCCUCGUGAACCCCAGGCGCGUCCUGGACGCCGGCGGGCACCUGAGCCGGCCCCCGGGGGUGGGCGGCUUUCCCCAACGAGGCGGGGGGUGGUAGGAGGGGGGGGGUCCCUCGGGCUCCGCCCCCCUCCCCAGCCCCUCCUCGCCGCGGCCGAGCCCCGGCGGAGCGGAGGGCGGGGCGUUGGCGGCCGAUGGCUGAAAGCCGGGCCCGGCGGCGCGGGCCGAGCAGAGGGUGGGCUGCCGCGGGGCUGGCGGGGCCGCGAACACGAGGGGCCGCUGCAGCAUGCCCGGUGCGGACGUGGGCGUCGCGCGCCUCUGCCUGCUGGCGCUGGCGCUGCCCGGCUGGACGGCCCGAGGAAGUGAGGAAGGCGGGACCCUGAACCCACGGCACGAGCUCGUCAUACCUCAGUGGACGCCCGCAGAGCCCGACAGCCUCGUGAAAGAAAAGCAUCCACGCCGUGUGGAGCUCAGGGUGAAGGCCGAGGGCCGGGAGCUGGUCUUGGAUCUGGAGAAGAAUGAGUACCUCUUCCCCGAAGCCUACAGGGAGACACGCUACGCAGCCCCCGACCGCCCGACCCACCGCAAGCUGAGACCGGAGGAGCACUGCUUCUAUCACGGCACGGUGAGGAACGUGGCUAUGUCCAGCGUCGCACUCAGCACCUGCCAGGGGAUAAGGGGCCUGAUCACCCUGAGCGGGAACCUCAGCUACGUCCUGGAGCCCAUCUCGGGGCUGGGGGCGCAGCACCGGCUCUACAGACUGGAACACCUCCCGCUGCCCGUCGGCGCCUGCGGGCUCCCGGGCCUCCCGCCCCUGCCGCCCGGCGCCCUGCACCAUCCCUACGAACAGCCCGGCACCAACCGCACCCGGCAACGCCCACCUCGACCUCGCAGGCUGAGAAGGGACGAGCUACAGACCACGAAGUUCGUCGAGCUGUACCUGGUGGCCGACUACGCAGAGUUUCAGAAGAACCGGCGAGACCUAGAGGCCACGAAGCGCAAGCUCAUGGAGAUCGCCAAUUACGUGGAUAAGUUUUACCGAUCCCUCAACAUCCGCAUCGCCCUGGUGGGCCUGGAGGUGUGGACCCACGGCGACCAGUGCGAGGUGUCCCACAACCCCUACUCCACCCUGUGGUCCUUCCUCAGCUGGCGCCGCAAGCUGCUGACCCGGAAGAGCCAUGACAACGCGCAGCUGAUCACGGGCGUGCCCUUCCAAGGCACCACCAUCGGCCUGGCCCCGCUCAUGGCCAUGUGCUCCACGUACCAGUCGGGGGGUGUCAGCAUGGACCACUCCGAGAACGCCAUCGGCGUGGCGGCCACCAUGGCCCACGAGAUCGGCCACAACUUCGGCAUGAGCCACGACUCCGAGCACUGCUGCCUGGCCAGCGCCGAGGACGGGGGCUGCAUCAUGGCGGCCGCCACCGGCCACCCCUUCCCCAAAGUGUUCAACAGCUGCAACCGCCGGGAGCUGGAGCGCUACCUGCUGUCGGGCGGGGGCAUGUGUCUGUCCAACAUGCCGGACACCAGCACCAUGUACGGCGGCCGCAGGUGCGGGAACGGCUACCUGGAGGAGGGGGAGGAGUGCGACUGCGGCGAGGAGCAGGAGUGUGACAACCCCUGCUGCAACGCCAACAACUGCACCCUGCGGCCGGGUGCCCAGUGUGCCCACGGGACCUGCUGCCAGAACUGCAGGCUGCUGGCCCCCGGCACCCCCUGCCGCUCGCGGGCCCGGCAGUGCGACCUCCCCGAGUUCUGCACCGGCACCUCGCCCCACUGCCCCACCAACUUCUACCAGAUGGACGGCACGCCCUGCGAGGGGGGCCAGGCCUACUGCUACAACGGCAUGUGCCUCACCUACCAGCAGCAGUGCCAGCAGCUGUGGGGGCCCGGGGCCCAGCCGGCACCUGACCUCUGCUUCGAGAGGGUGAACGUGGCCGGGGACACCUUUGGGAACUGCGGGAAGGACAUGAACGGGGAGCACCGGAAGUGCAGCAUGAGUGACGCCAAGUGCGGCAAGAUCCAGUGCCAGAGCUCGGAGGCGCGGCCCCUGGAGUCCAACACUGUGUCCAUCGACACCAACAUUGACAUCGACGGCAGGCGCAUCCGCUGCCGAGGCACCCACGUCUACCGCGCCCCCGAGGAGGAGGGCGACAUGCUGGACCCGGGACUGGUGAUGACCGGGACCAAGUGCGGCUACCACCACAUCUGCUUCGAGGGCCAGUGCAAGAACACCUCCUUCUUCCACAUGGAGGGCUGCGAGAGGCAGUGCCACGGGCGCGGGGUCUGCAACAAUAACGGCAACUGCCACUGUGACAGGGGCUGGGCCCCGCCCUUCUGCGACAGGCCGGGCCAGGGGGGCAGUGUGGACAGCGGGCCCCUGCCUGCCGAGCACGUCGGGGCCGUGGUGGCCGGGCUAGGCACCGCCGUCUUCCUGCUGGCCUGCCUGCUGCUGGGCCUCCGCUACUACCGCCGCAACCCCAAGCUGGGCCAGCUGGCGCCCUGGACACUGCCCGGCUCGCUGCGGCAGCGCUUCCGCUGCCCCUUCAGGGUGUCUCAGAGCAGCGGGACGGGCCACGCCAACCCCACUUUCAAGCUUCAGACCCCCCAGAGCAAGAGGAAGGUGACCAGCACCCCGGAAGCCCUGCGGAAGCCCGCCCAGCCGCCUCCCCGGCCCCCUCCCGACUAUCUGCCCUUCGGUUCCCCGCUGCCCCCCCCACCCCCGCACCCCAGCAGGCCGGCCAGGCCCCCCCCAGGGGCCGGGGUCUCCGUCGAGAGGAAGGAGUCGGCUCGGGGGCCUCCCCCCAGCCGGCCGGUGCCCCCCGCCCCACUCUGCCUCAUCGCCCAGGACGUCUCCAGACCUCGGCCACCGCAGAAGGCCCUGCCCGCCAACCCGGUGCCCAGCCGCAAAGGCCUGCCCCGGCCGGGUGGGGUCCCCGUCCUGCGGCCUCCCGUGACCGCCGCUCAGCAGCCCCGGCCUCUAGCCGCCCCGAUCCCAAAGCUUCCUGAGUACAGAUCGCAGAAGGCCACGGGCAUGGCCAACUCCAGAAUCUAGACCCGCCUCGGCUGGCAGCAUUGUGUCCCUCCCCUGUGGUCAGCACGCCGGACUCUCCUCCCGCCUGCCGCCCCCCUCCCGGUCCCUCUGCGGCCAACAGACGCGCUUGCGUGCGCGCGCGCGCGCGCACACACACACACACACACACACACACACACACACACACACGGGGCUGGGGGAAGUGUCACCUAGUGCAAUAGCAGCCUCGCCUCCCCCCCCCAGCCCCCAGAGCCAGGCCAUACCCCCACCCCAGCUCCCCUGGGUGGACACGUCCACUCCCCUCACCCCCACCCCCACCCCCGGAGUCUCUGACUCACCCAGGUACUAGUUGGGGGCAGCCUAGGGGGGACACCACUGGGCUACCCUACCCCGUGAUGCCAAAGCACGCCGCCCUCCCCGCCCCAGCCCUGCUCGCUCCGUCUCCUCUACUGGACCACCCCCUCACCCCCUCCCCCCGCCCACUGACCCACCCGACGACGUGUGGUGCUAUGGACCGUGGCCCCAGCCGCCUCUCCUCAGGCCCUGGUGCUUGGCGGUGGCCGCAGGAUCGCGCCUUUGUCCCCGUUCUGGCCUUGGCGGUGCCCACCAGGGGCAGCCCCGGGGAGGGGGUCACACCUCAUCCCGAUGGGCGGGGUCAGGCUUCACCCCCCCACCACACACACACACACACACACACAGCCUUCCUGAGGGGCGCUGUCACCGCCCACUCCCUGUGACCCCCCCCUCGCUUGGCCCCGAGGGGCCCCUCACAGCAGCGGGGGCCAGAGGGGGCUCGCCCAGAUCAGGGACGGGGAGGGGGGCCCAGAAGGUGCUGGGCACGGGCCUUCCCGCCUCCCGCGGAGAGCGGCGGGUUCCGGGGCUCCACCAUGACCUCAACUUUCAAAGGAAGACACUUGAGUUUCCCAGGCCCCACCCCCCACCCAGGACCCCCGGCCUUUCUCUGCACAGUCGGUGCUCCAUAGAUGUCACGGACAAGAGGGGGGCGAGCCCCCCGGGGUUCACGGGUGGGUCCUCGCGACGGCGAGCAUAACCCACCCAGCCUUGGGGAGCUGUGUGGCCCCGCCCCCUCCUCCCCCACCCACAGAGGGGCCCCCCCACUGCCUCCUGCACUUGCCAUGCCCCCAAAAGCCCUGGUCGGGCCAUGUUGAAGUUCGACGCUUCCAGGACAAAGCAGUGCCCCCCAGACCCAGCCCAGGGCGCCCCGUUAGGCGGCAGGAGGCACACAGGCAGAAGCUGCCACCCCCCCCAGACCCCUGGACCCCUGUCUUUCAGCGUGGGGGCAGCGCUCCCAUCUGUCUUGGCUUGUUUCAUGUCAGGGUCCCGCCUCCACCUCCCCCCUGCACCCCCAAACUCGACUGUGAACUGGAAGGGGGCAGAGAGAGACUCUGAGCAGCAGCCGUGUUCUGGGAGAUUUGAGGUGGGGGGGGGAGGAACGGGUGCCCUCCCCCCUCCGUGCUGCUCUGUGGUGACGAUUCCAACACGGCCGCCACUUCGGAAGGAGGGGCUGGCUCCCAGAGGGCUCUUGCCAGGAAAGGGGGCUGGAGAGGUCGUGAUCAGAAAAGGGGGGGAGUCCAGCUGCCCGCCUUCAGGAUGGUCUAUGGGCAGAGGGGGGAGGGGGUGGGGGCAGGGCGGGGCACAGCAGCAGUGGGGGAGAAGUCCCAAAGCCAAAUUAGCCUCCGGAGGGACAGAGCCCGAACUCAGGUUGGACCCCGGGCUUCGCUCCCCCAGGACCCCUCCCCGAAACCUGCCUGGGUGGGGGGAACCCUGAGCACAGAGCCAGGAGUCAGUCCUGAGCACUGCCGGGUGUGCAGGUUCAUUUCCAACCACUUCGACGCUGGGGUGGGGGGCGCCAAGUUCUUCCGCAGAGCCUUUCCUCAGCAAGCCUCAGGCGACCUUUGACCUGGGGGAGCAACCAGGACAACCCCCCCCCUCCUUUUCCUGGGCUCAGAGGUUCCUUCGGCCUUGACUUCUCUGGGUGUGCAGGGCCGUGCUGCACUCUGGGCCACCGGCAGCCACGUGGAACAAAGCCGCCCCCCCACCCCCUGCAACAUCCCACCCCCCCACCCCAGAUUCGCCCUGCUCGGGACAAGCUGGUGCCAGUUCUGACACAUGGGGCCACGCCCCCCCAGACCGGCCCAGGACAAGGCCAACUGGAAAAAAGCAUCUUUCCUCGCUCGCUGCCUGGGGUGGGAGGGGGCCGUCCCCAGGCCCUCUCUCCCCCGCCUUUUGACCCUCCCCUCUCGCUACCCCCCUCCCCCCUUACCCCGUGUAGAGUCUGGGAUCCAGGACAAUGUGAAAUUUUUCUUGUUCCUCGGGAGAUUGUACCCCCCGCCCCCCCCGCCCCCGCCCGGGAUACAGACUCUCGUCUCCUCGUCUCUAUUGUUUACAGUUCCUGUCAUCUAUGCAAAAUACUUGAAUGGGCCGCUGUGCCUUCCUAUUUAAUUAAAGUCAGUGACAAUGUUCGGUCUUGGCCUGGCAGCUCUUGCUUGCGGGUGGGGGUCGUCGUCAUCGUUGGGCAUCCUUGGGGGACCUGGCCAAUGAGGAAUCCUUCCAGGAAACGUUCCCCCUUCCCCGCCCCUAAAAAGCCUCCCAAAAGCUGCAGCUCAGAGCCAGCUCUGCCCAGCCAAGGCGCUCAGACCUUCCCUUUAAAGCCCAGAGACCCCGGGUGGGGCUGGAGCCAUAGCACAGCGGGGAGGGCGUUUGCCUUGCACGAGGUCAACUCUGGAUUCG